AUGGUCAAACUCGAUAUCUACGGCCGCGGGCUCCCGCUACGCAUGGCCAUCAUGUUUACAUGCCAAUUGGCCUUUAUCUUCUUCGGCUAUGACCAAGGCGUGUUCUCGGGGAUCGUGGGCAACGAUGAUUUCCUGGAGGUCGUCAGGCAUCCGAGCGCCGGCAUCCUGGGCAUCAUCGUAUCCAUCUACAAUCUCGGUUGUUUCUCUGGCACGAUCGUGUCGUUUCUGACGACGGAUCGACUGGGGCCACGCAAGUCGAUGUGGUUUGCCAUGGGCUGGAUUAUUGUCGGCGCAACCCUCCAAACUACCGCCUUCUCCAGGGCCCAGCUCCUAGUAGCGCGCUUCGUCACAGGCAUCGGCACCGGCAUCGAGACAACCACCGUGCCGGUAUACCAGUCUGAGCUGUGCGAGGCCAAGAAGCGCGGCAAGUACGUAUGCAGCGAGCCGCUCUUCGUGGGCGUGGGCAUCGUCAUCGCCUACUGGUUCGACUACGGGAUGAGUUACGUCGACGGGGCGAUUAGCUGGCGGCUGCCGGUGGCGUGCCAGAUGAUAUUUGCGAUUAUGGUGAUUUUGCUGGUAUUUGGUCUGCCUGAAAGUCCCCGCUGGCUCUACCGCCACAACAGACCCGACGAGGCUCUCCAGGUCCUCUGUGAUGUCUAUGGCAUGGGCCCCGAUGACCACAAGGUUGUCAUCGAGUCCGAGGGUAUUCUCGAGGCCAUCGAGCUGGAGACGCUGCAUGGCGAGUACCGCUGGUCGCAGAUCCUCAAGCGUGACGAGGUGCAAACGGAUGGGGGGAUUAACCUGGUCGUGUACUACGUCACUUCAGUUCUGCAAUACAAUGUCGGCCUAACCCGGAAACUAAGUCUCCUGCUCGGAGGAGUCAUCCAGGUCAUGUUUGUGAUUGGCAAACUGACAAUCACCGGGCAAGGCUCAUUCUAUCCCACAUUCUUCUCCGACCGCUUCGGUCGUCGCAAGCCCAUGAUGUGGGGAUCGUUCGGGCUGUUCUUUUCGAUGAUGAUGAUAUCAAUCCUGCUCUCGUUUAAGGGGACCUCCGUCGAGAAACCAACCGCCUCAGCCUCCGUCGCCUUCUUCUUCCUCUUCAUGCUUAUCUUCGGCGCCUCGGUCAAUUGCAUUCCCUGGGUGUAUGGGCCGGAGAUUCUUCCGCUGCACGUACGAGCGAAGGGACAAGCAAUCGGCAUCUCGGCCAACUGGCUCUGGAACUUCUUCGUGGUGAUGAUCACGCCAACCCUCAUCCAAAAUCUCGCCUGGAAAGGGUAUUUGAUUUUCAUGUGCUUGAAUAUGUCUUUUGUUCCGAUCGUCUACUUCUUCUACCCCGAAACCGCAAACCUCACCCUCGAAGAAAUCGACUUCCUUUUCACAGACCGCGCCAGACACCCUUCUCUCCAUUCUAGGGUCAGAUCCGGCACAGAAGCAGGUCUUAAGGGAGCGGAUGUGGAUGGGGCGGGUGUUCUUUCGGAGGAUGUGCGGGAGGAUCAUGCAAAGGAAUGA